AUGUGUGGACCCUCCCGACCCAGUUCCGGCAACCGCAUUGCCAUCAUGUUCCCUUCAUCAUCAGAGGGCGCUAUUCCUCUGGCCCCGUACUCGCUUUUCUUCAAGGACAUCGAGUCCGGGACGUCAGCUGUCUUCCGGAUCAAAGAUUCGUCAAUGCUUGAUCUAUUCCGUGGAUCAAAAGGGGUGGAUUUGAGAAUCGAAAAACACGGCGAUCUCACGUCCCAAUCAAGCACAAUGCCUCCCCUACAUCAAUUCUUCGUGAGCCCGGAUCUGGAGGUAGACCAAACCGGUACAGAUUUCGAGGUGCAGUUGCCGGAAAGACUAGACCUGGACGUGUCGGAUGUCGGGAUUGUCGGGAGGAAGGUCUCAGUAUCGGUUGGGGGACAGGGGAUGGGGAUGGGGAUUGUGGGGUUUGAUUAG